GCCCGCCUCGGAACAAAUGAUUCCAAUGGACAUCUGAGAUUUCUCGCACGAUUUCACCGUUGAAGACGCCACUAUGCAGUUUAUAACGUUUUACAAGUCGGCCCAGAGGUUGUAUGGGAGAGUGUUCUUUCGCUACGGCCAACUUGUUGGACGUCAUCCCGUCGUAUUCAUCGUCGCUGCACUGGUGUCAACGGGUCUCUUGGCUCUGGGUCUUCUUCGCAUGGAGACGGAGACGGAGGUGGAGCGCCUGUACACCCCCAUCAACAGCCAGGCGACUCAGGACCGAGAAACAAUGAAGGCCAUUUUUCCAGACCGGACAGGAACGAACUAUAACACCUACAGUCUGAACGCCGAGGACAGAUACGGGGAGGUCAUCGCCAUCACAGAAGGAAAUAUCUUCUCCAAUACCAGCAUUGACGAGAUGAGGAACCUGGUAGACAAGAUUAAACAGUUUAAAGUGGGUUUUCAAGGCAGGAUAAUCUACUACACGGAUGUGUGUGCGCGCGCAUCAGACGUGUGUGUCAUCAGUGGUGGCUUCCUCUUACAAGAUGACUUCCUGUCCUCUCUUGAGCAAGGUAACGUCACCUACCCGUUAUGGAACGACGUUGACAUCUCUUUCUUUGUAGCAGGUGUGAAUGUCUCAGGCGAGGUUCUCCAAUCAGCGUCAGUGAUGAAACUCACCUUCCAUCUGCGGCAGGACAAUGACACGAUGUUGGCGUCAACGCUCACGUGGGAAGACACAUUUGUUGCACACAUGAAGAACGAAUCCUCUUUCUUUAAGCAGCCACGGGUUCAUUUCGCGACGUCCCAGUCUCCAGGCGAUGAACUCAACCAGAACACGGAUGGUGACGUAUACUGGUUCUCUCUGUCCUUUUCGAUGCUGAUCACAUACGCCAGUCUCGUGGCUAGUGGGGACUGUGUUGGCUCCAGGAACCAUCUUGCCAGAGCUGGAAUCCUAGCUGCAGGAUUCGGCAUCCUGGCAGGCAUUGGUUUGGUAUGUCUCUGUGGUGUCAAGUGGGUGAACGUGGUCGGAAUCAUGCCCAUCAUGGUUCUAGCUGUAGGAGUGGACGACAUGUUCCUAAUGAUGUCGGCGUGGGCGGAGACUAACAUCCACGGCGACGAGUGGGACAUCCCAACACGUGUUGGACGCACCUUCAGCUUGGCUGGGGUCGGCAUCACCAUCACCUCCCUGACAGACUUCCUCGCUUUCAUGAUCGGAGCUUCCUCCGACUUCCUCGGUAUCAGAAACUUCUGCAUCUUCACAGGUGCGGCCAUACUGUUGUGUUUCCUUUUUCAAACGACGUUUUUUGCCGGGUGCAUGUCCCUUCAAGGACGACGUGUGGAAGCAUCCCGCCAUUGCUGCACGUGCCACAAGAUCUCAAGUCGGGAGGCUCUUCGGGAACAAGGGAGGCCAUUCCUGAUUAUAUGCUGCUGUGGUGGCAAGCCGCCCCGUGAAAGACGUGAUUCCAUCUUUGAGAAAUUCCCAUCAUUGUGUCUCACAAACUUUCUUCUCACCAUCCCUGGCAAGGCCAUAACGCUUUUGUUGUUUGUGGUCUACGUAUCCGUCUCUAUCUGGGGUGUAACAGGUUUAAAGCAGGGCUUAUUCCUGAACCUUCUUGUCCCUCCAUCUUCCUAUUACUACAGCUAUAGCUUAUCCAACUAUCACUACUUUGGGGUCAAGCUACCUGUCCAGUUUGUGUUUACCCAGGCAGAUAUUGAUUACAGAAACGAGACCACACUCAAGCAGGUCAGGGAACUCUUCCAUUAUAUAGGACAGUCUUCGACUAUGAAUAAUGACAGUCAAGCAUGUUGGCUUUUGGACUAUGCUUCUUCUCAACAAUUCAACAUAACUUCAAACUCAGCCUUUGUUGAGAAUUUGAAAAGGUUCUUAAAUGACAGGUCUGAUUUAAGAAAUGAUGUAGUGUUUGGUCCUAAUGAAACCAUAACGGCAGCCCGGUGCCACAUGGUUUCAAGAAACGUCCCUGAUUCAAUGGACCAGGCUAGUCUAAUGCUGUCAAUGCGGCAGAUAUCCAAGUCCGGCCCGCUGCAAACAUUUGCCUACCAUCCCUUAUUCAUCUACUUUGAGCAGUUUGUGUCAGUCCUGCCAACGGUGCUGAGGACCGUUGGUGUUGCUGUAGCUGUCAUGGUGGUCGUCACUGCCAUCCUCCUCCCACACCCCGUCAUUGUCCUCGCCGUCCUCUUCAACAUCCUCAUGAUCUAG